AUGAGCUUUCGGAAUUUUGAUCAUCACUCUUUGGUUUAUGCACAACGAUCAUCAGGUCAAAAACGAAUAGACUUUGAAAUGUCACAAUCAUACGGGCACUCGGUCAAUGAUGGCUAUCAAAGAGUGAUUCAUUCUGGAGCUCGGAAUGUCAAUAAUAUGGAAACAUCGUUUGGAGCACAUUUUAGAAAUUGUUGGAAUAUGUCUCAAAGCAUGAGUAAUCAGUUGCCCUUUACACGUUCCAUGGUCACUGAGCAGUGGAUUCCGAGUUCAUUUGGAUGUUCCAAUAUUUCACUAUGGACGAAAUAUGGAGUUCCGAAAUAUUGGGCCAAUACCGAAGUUGAACCUUUGUUUUACUCGAGUUUUAUCUAUUUUGAUAAUUCGGGAGAGAGUUAUGAUUUGUGUUCAAAAGUUGGAAAUUGGGAGAAGAAAUUGAAAUUGUCAUGUGAUGAAAUAUUGUGUGGAAGUGUUGAAAAUUUGAGCGCAUUCGUUCAAGAAUUAACAGAAAAAGAAACAAACAUCUUUGAUUGGAUCAAUUAUUGUCAAUACUGCUCGAAAAACAACACAUUGAGGUCGUAUCAACAAAAAUUGGAACCUACUCGAGGAUGUUUUCCAAAAGACAAGACAGUGAAUGAAAUGAUCAAUCGAUUUCCAAGCUCCCUUACGUUUUGUGGAAAUUACGAUUUUGGAAUACCUCUCAUUAUUAACACGAGUGCUCUAGUUCCAAACGUUAUACAAAACAACCUAAAUUUUGCAUAUAUUUGCUAUUGCAGGGACAAUUUAUUCACUUUCAAGUGUGCCGGUAAUGAUGUCCAAUAUGCAACGGGUCAGGCCAUUUCCUAUGGAUCAUUUGCCAUUCAUGCAUUUUCAUUCAUACUGACCUUCACAUUGACCUUCCUACCGAAAUUGAAAUCCGUGAUUAAGCAACGAAAAUUCUUUCGAUUUGUGACCAUUGCUGUGGUAUUGUUCACUGAAAUUAUUCUCUCACUGACUUUUACACUCUCUGCAGCAUGGGCAACCAAUAUUGUGACCACCAUUCUUGGAAACACUGCUCUUUCAUUGGUGUUUUUCACACUGUUUGCAUGGGUCGCCUAUUGGGUUCGGUUAGUCCUUUAUGUGAAAACUAAAAAAACCACACUUGCCAUCCUAUUAUAUAUUGGCUUUGGAUUGUUAUGGCUGAUCGUUGGAGUUGUAAUACCAUGUAUCAUUGGUGCAUUAGGAAAUUCAUUGUACGAAACUGCUCAAUUCUAUGCAAUCUAUAUGGGUUCCUUAUCAUUGAUAGCAUGUAUUAUAUUUGUUUCAACUUCCACCUGGAUUUAUUGGGCCAUGAAAAAAGUGUCGGAUGUCAACAUGUUGAACACAUCGUUCAUCCGAUUUGUCAUUUACUCCUCCAUCUCCACUCUCGUCCUCUCCAGUGCCUAUCUAAUCAUGACUCAGGUGGCAGGAGCUUUCUUCAUUGGAGUGCUGUCUGGAUCCUUUAGCAUUGUCACUCACGUUUCCAUUGCCUCAAUUACUUUGGGCCUCACAUAUAUGGAAUUUGAAAAGGAAGAAUUUAUGGAAUUUUAUGCAUGUUGUUGUCAUUGUUGUACUAACGAGAAACGAGAUUCCACUCCUCCAACCGAUCAGCACAGCCAUUCCAACAAGGAUUAUUCAACCUUUUAUGGAGAUGAAGAUCCAACGAGUACAAGUAACACAGGUAACACAUACUAUUCCAAAAUGCCUAUCAAUGACUCGGAUGACUAA